UUAGCUAUUGAUACCUAUCUUGCACUGGAACAUUCUGCUGUAGAAGCUUACAAUAAUGUCCGCAAAGCUGUCCCACGAUGCUAUCCAGACACAGACUUUCCUUCCCACCACAAAAUCAAGUGUAUUGUUGCACAGAUGAGCGGGAUUGAGUCCAUUGUAGAUGACAUGUGUGCAGAGGGCUGCACAGCUUUCACAGGAGAUUAUGCACUUCUCGACCGCUGUCCUCAUUGUCAUUCUUAUCGCUAUGAUCACAUCAAAUACGAAGCCUCUAAUGGCAAAGUGAAGUCACCUGUCAAGAUGUUUCACACUGUCCCCAUCGGUUCGCAACUUCAGACGCUUUAUCAAGACCCUGCAGCAGCAGCCAACAUGUGCUAUCGUGAUGAGUGGACAAAACGCAUCUUCGAGGAGCUUGAACUUACAGAUGGCAAGCUUUCCAUAUAUGAUGAU